CCGCCGGCGCAGGGAGGACAGCCCAUCAGCCUGCUUGGGAGAACCCCACGGAGCCGCGGACCCGCACCUCUGCGCAGCCGGCUAGGGGAGGACGGCGGCGAGCUCCAGGGCGCAGGAUGGCGGUGGCCCCGCGAGCCGGCUGCGGGGCAGCGCUGUGGCUGUGGAUCGUCAGCGGCUGCCUCUGCAGAGCCUGGACGGCGCCCUCCGCGUCCCAAAAGUGUGAUGAGCCACUGGUGUCUGGACUACCUCAUGUGGCUUUCAGCAGCUCCUCCUCAAUGUCGGGAAGCUAUUCUCCUGGCUAUGCCAAGAUCAACAAGAGAGGGGGUGCAGGAGGGUGGUCUCCAUCAGAUAGUGACCACUACCAGUGGCUUCAGGUUGACUUCGGCAAUCGCAAGCAGAUCAGUGCUGUCGCCACUCAAGGAAGAUACAGCAGCUCAGAUUGGGUGACCCAAUAUCGCAUGCUCUACAGUGACACUGGGAGAAAUUGGAAACCCUAUCAUCAGGAUGGAAAUAUCUGGGCAUUUCCUGGGAACAAGAACUCAGACAGCGUGGUUCGACACGACUUCCAGCACCCGGUCAUUGCGCGCUACCUGCGCAUCGUGCCCCUGGACUGGAAUGCGGAGGGUCGCAUCGGGCUGCGUGUGGAGGUCUACGGCUGUGCCUAUUGGGCUGAUGUCAUCAACUUCGACGGCCAUGUUGUGUUACCCUAUAGAUUUCGAAAUAAGAAGAUGAAAACCCUGAAAGAUGUCAUCUCCUUGAAAUUCAAAACCUCAGAAAGUGAAGGGGUCAUCCUGCAGGGAGAAGGCCAACAGGGGGACUACAUCACCCUGGAGCUGGAAAAAGCCAAGCUGGUCUUUAGUCUCAACCUAGGCAGCAACCAGCUUGGCCCCAUCUAUGGCCACACAUCUGUGAUGACCGGAAGUCUGCUGGAUGACCACCACUGGCACUCUGUGCUCAUUGAGCGUCAGGGCAGGAGCAUCAACCUGACGUUAGACCGCAGCACUCAGCACUUCCGCACCAAUGGAGAGUUCGACUACCUGGAUCUGGACUAUGAGAUAACAUUUGGGGGCAUACCUUUCUCUGGAAAGCCAAGUUCCAGCAUCAGAAAGAAUUUCAAAGGCUGUAUGGAAAGCAUUAACUACAAUGGUGUCAAUAUAACAGACCUUGCCAGAAGGAAGAAACUAGAGCCUUCAAAUGUGGGAAACCUGAGCUUCUCAUGCGUGGAGCCCUACACCGUGCCUGUCUUCUUCAAUGCCACCAGUUACCUGGAGGUGCCAGGCCGCCCUGAGCAGGACCUGCUUUCUGUCAGUUUCCAAUUCAGGACCUGGAAUCCCAAUGGUCUCCUGCUCUUCAGUCACUUUGCAGAGAAUCUGGGCAGCGUGGAGGUGGGCCUCGUGGAGAGCAAAGUGGCCGUUCAUGUUCAUGUCAACAUCACGCAGACCAAGAUGAGCCCCAUCGAGAUCUCUUCAGGUUCUGGGUUGAAUGAUGGACAGUGGCAUGAAGUUCGUUUCCUGGCCAAGGAAAAUUUUGCUAUCCUCACUAUUGAUGGGGAUGAGGCGUCAGCAGUUCGAACAAAUAGUCCCCUUCAAGUGAGAACUGGAGAGAAGUACUUCUUUGGAGGUUUUCGGAACCAGAUGAGUAACUCCAGUCACUCUGUCCUUCAGUCAUCCUUCCAAGGGUGCAUGCAGCUCAUCCAAGUGGACGAUCAGCUGGUCAAUCUGUACGAGGUGGCCCAGAGGAGGCCAGGAAGUUUCGCAAAUGUCAGCAUCGACAUGUGCGCCAUCAUAGACAGAUGUGUGCCCAAUCACUGCGAGCAUGGUGGGAAAUGCUCACAGACCUGGGACAGCUUCAAGUGCACGUGUGAUGAGACCGGAUACACGGGAGCCACCUGCCACAACUCCAUCUAUGAGCCUUCUUGUGAGGCAUACAAACACCUGGGCCAGACAUCCAAUUAUUACUGGAUAGAUCCGGAUGGCAGUGGGCCCCUGGGGCCUCUGAAAGUCUACUGCAACAUGACAGAGGACAAAGUAUGGACCAUCGUCUCCCAUGACCUGCAGAUGCAGACCACGGUGGUGGGCUACCACCCUGAGAAAUACUCGGUGACCCAGCUCAUCUACAGCGCCUCCAUGGACCAGGUCAACGCCAUCACCGGCAGCGCCGAGUACUGCGAGCAGUAUGUCUCCUACUUCUGCAAGAUGUCGCGGCUGUUAAACACCCCAGAUGGCAGCCCUUACACCUGGUGGGUUGGCAAAGCCAACGAGAAGCACUACUACUGGGGAGGCUCUACACCUGGCAUCCAGAAAUGCGCCUGUGGCAUUGAACGCAACUGCACCGACCCCAAGUACUACUGCAACUGUGAUGCAGACUACAAGCAGUGGAGGAAAGACGCCGGUUUCCUGUCCUACAAAGAUCACCUGCCUGUGAACCAGGUGGUGGUGGGAGACACCGAUCGCCAAGGUUCGGAGGCCAAGCUGAGCGUGGGGCCCCUGCGCUGCCAAGGAGACAAAAACUAUUGGAACGCUGCCUCCUUCCCAAACCCAUCUUCCUAUCUGCAUUUCUCAACUUUCCAAGGGGAAACCAGUGCCGACAUUUCUUUCUACUUCAAAACCCUCAUCCCCCGGGGAGUGUUCCUUGAGAACCUGGGAAACACAGACUUCAUCAAACUCGAGCUGAAAUCUGCCAUGGAAGUUGCCUUCUCCUUUGACGUCGGGAACGGUCCAGUGGAGAUCGUGGUGCGGUCACCCUCCCCCCUCAAUGAUGACCAGUGGCACCGGGUGACCGCGGAGAGGAACGUGAAGCAGGCCAGCCUGCAGGUGGACCGGCUCCCACAGCAGGUUCGCGAGGCCCCCACAGAAGGGCACACACGCCUUGAGCUCUACAGCCAGCUGUUCGUGGGUGGUGCUGGCGGCCAGCAGGGCUUUCUGGGCUGCAUUCGCUCCCUGAGGAUGAACGGGGUCACCCUGGACUUGGAGGAAAGGGCAAAGGUCACGUCUGGCUUCAAGUCGGGGUGCUCGGGCCACUGCACCAGCUAUGGAAGCAACUGCGAGAACGGAGGCAAGUGCGUGGAGAAAUACCACGGCUACUCCUGCGACUGCUCCCACACGGCCUACGACGGCACCUUCUGCAACAAAGAUGUGGGCGCUUUCUUUGAAGAGGGAAUGUGGCUUCGGUACAACUUCCAGGCCUCAGGGAGCACGGGCACCAAGGAUGUAGGCGGGCGGAUGGAGCCCUCCCCCGAUCAGCAGAGUCCAUCUCCAGACCUGGCCCAUGAGGAGAUCCACUUCAGCUUCAGCACCACCAGGGCACCUUGCAUCCUGCUCUACGUCAGCUCCUUCACCACCGACUUCCUGGCUGUGCUUGUCAAACCCACAGGGAGCCUGCAGGUGCGGUACAGCCUGGGAGGCACGCGGGAGCCCUUCAACCUCGACGUGGAGCACAGGAACAUGGCCAACGGGCAGCCCCACAGCGUGAACAUCACCCGCCGGGAGAGGACCAUCCUGCUCAAGCUGGAUCACUACCCUCCUGUCAGCUACCACCUGCCCAGCUCCUCCGACACGCUCUUCAAUUCUCCCAAGUCGCUCUUCCUGGGGAAAGUGAUUGAGAAGAAGGAAGAAGAGGUGUAUCCUCCUGAUUGA